UGAAAAGGCGACAUUUUCUCUGUCGGCUUUCUUCUUACAGAACUCUGGGUUUUGUCAGAGACAUAAACAAAGGAGAUUACUUGAUAUUGUUCUUCAAACUCAUCAGUCAAUGGGGAAGCAUCAGCCUUUUCUAGAGGAGAGAACACUUGAGCAACGACAAGAAGAAUCAAAAACUAUUUUAACCAAAUACCCAGAUCGAGUUCCUGUGAUGAUUGAAAGAUAUUCAAUGACAGACCUCCCAGAUAUAGAGAAGAAUAAGUUCCUGGUUCCUCGAGACAUGUCGGUGGGUCAGUUCAUUCACAUUCUAACUAGGAGGCUGCAGUUGAGUCCUGGAAAAGCUCUCGUUGUGUUUGUGAACAACACAUUGCCUCAAACAGCAAGUCUCAUGGGGUCUGUCUAUAGUUCUUUCAAAGAUGAAGAUGGGUUUCUCUACAUGUGUUACAGCACUGAGAAAACUUUUGGCUAAAACUCUCAUCUCUAUCUUUAAACUCCAAUGUAAACAUUGCCAAAUAUAUAUAUGUACAUGUAUAUGUAUGUAUGCAUUGUUCCAAUUGUUUAUAGCUCAACUCAACCCGUUGAUCUGUAAAUGAUGUAACCUUAUUUAAAUAAAAAUGAUGAUUACGUGAUUUGUAAUU